GGGAACUAUAGAUUGGAGGGAGUUUGGAGCUCCUCCCUGACAUAUCUGUUUGGACAAAAGCUUUGUCCCUUUGGGUGUCAGGCCUGUUACGUGGGCAUUAGCUGUGCAGCAAACUAAGAAGAGCUUUAUUUAAGAAGAAGAAGAAGUUCAGCAUGCCAUUUCUGCCCCAACAUAGCCCAACAGCUCAUUGGAGCACACACCACUACCUGGCAUGUUUAUUCAUCAUGAUCGCCUACUCUGGACCAGCUUCUCCCCUUUAUGCCCCUCCAGCGACAACAGGUCUCCGGUCUGCUUUCUCUGCCACACAAACCAACAGUGUGGUGGGAGGCAGUCAGAAGGCAGUGACCUUCAACAGGCUCAUGGUUAACAUCGGAGGGGAUUUCAAUCCGGACACGGGUCACUUCCGCUGCCGCAUCCCCGGGGCUUACUACUUCUCCUUCUCAGUGGGGAAGUUUCCAAAGAAAAUGCUUUCUGUCAUACUGGUGAAGAAUGGGGAGGAAGUGCAGGCCAUGGCGUAUGAUGACUACCGCAAGAAAGGAAGGAAAGUUCAAAGCCAAAGUGUAAUGAUCAGUUUGAGGGAAAUGGACACAGUGUGGCUGCUUUUACAGCAGAGUCCUCAGUAUGCUUUGUACAGCAAUGCUGGUCCUUACAUCACCUUCUCUGGUUACCUCAUCUAUCCUGACAUCUCCCCUACCACCUACAUCAGCAACCACCUGUCCCCACCAGGGCUGUCCUACCUAAACUGCCCCCCUCAGGCUGAUCCCCUGGCUAGAGGUCAGACGUCAGAUCCGCCACGGUCUGCUUUCUCUGUGGCACGGACAUCCACACUCAUGGGUCAGAGCAGCAGACAGCAGGACAAGCCACCUCUGACCUUUGAUGUGGAGUAUGUCAACAUCGGGGGCCAUUUCAAUAAAACCUCGGGCCUGUUCACCUGCCACAUCCCGGGAGCUUACUUCUUUGCCUUCACUGUGGGGAAACACCCCCGAAAGGCUGUUUCUGUGAAGCUGAUGACUGGGAAGGGUGAGGUGCAGGCAAUGGUGUUUGAUGAGGACACAUCAAAGAGACGGGAGAUGCAGAGCCAGAGUUUGCUGCUGUCUCUCCGUCGGGGUGACAGUGUUUGGCUGUACAGUCAGCAGGAUGAGCGUUAUGCUGUCUACAGCAACCAGGGGAGGUACACCACCUUUUCUGGUUUCCUGGUUUAUCCUGAAGCAGUACCACUCAUACCUCCAACCAACCAGGACAGAACUCAUCCCUAA